AUGUCUUCCGCCAAGAACACAAUACUUUCGCUAUGGCACAACAAGCGCGCCCAGGUGGUCCUGUUUUCGUCGACAGCCAUUGCGCUGUAUGGUUACGACCAGGGCAUGAUGUCCCUGAUCAACACCAAUUACAACUACUUGGCUACCAUGGGCAUCGCGUCUGACGAUCCACUCGUGGGCUGGAUCGUGUCGAUAUACUACUUGGGCUGCGCCGUCGGUGCGGUGCUGUUCUCCAAAGUCGCAGACCGUUGGGGCCGCAAGAAAUCCAUCUUUGCAUGUCUCGCGACGGCAUCGCUUGGCAAUCUUAUCAUGUUCGUCUCUGGGCUGUGGGGUAACGAGGGUGCUUUGCAUAGCAUGUUCGUCGGUCGCGUCAUUAUGGGACUAGGUGUGGGAGGUAUCGAUGCUGUAAUUCCCAUCUACAGCGCCGAAUUGGCGCGCGAUGAGGCUAGAGGCAAGGCCUUGGCGCAGGAGUUUCAGAUGAACAUAUUCGGGCUCAACAUGGCGUUUGGCAUUAACCUGAUUGUCACGAGAAUUUUGGGCAAGUCUAAUGAGUGGGCUUGGCGCAUCCCGAUUAUUAUCAUGCAGGUGUACCCCGUGGCUUUGCUUGCAUGCAUCGAAACUCUGCCCGAGUCGCCGCGUUGGCUCAUUUACCAUGGCCGGGAUGAGGAGGCGAAGAAGGCACUCGAAGAUAUCUACGGCGGCAAGUAUGGAGACGGCGAAGAAGGAGAGAGCGAUCGUCAGUACGAAGAGCUCAAGAAGAGCCAUGAUGAAGAAGCCGGUGACAGUGUCAGUUACUGGGAUAUGUUCACCCCAAGCCAUGACCAAUUCCAUCCGACCAUCGUCACGAUUAUGGUUCAGGUCAAUCAGGCGCUCACUGGCUAUGGCGCUGUUUCUGUCUAUGGACCCCAAAUUUUUGCUCUUUUGGGCUUCGACAUUGUGACUGCGGAGAACCUAACAAUGGCCAACUAUCUCUCUUACUUCGCCCUCAUGACUCUGGCCUGGAUUCUCAUUGAUGCAAUGGGCCGCCGCGUGCUCCUGCUAUGGGGUUCGCUCGUCCUAACUAUUUGCUUCUUGCUGCUUGCUCUCUUCGGAGGACUCGCUGCGCAUUCUUCCGAACUUGGUCUUGACCAACAAGCCUUUGCAAUUCCCGGAAUCAUCUCACUUUUCGUUGCAACGGGUGCCUUCGGUAUUGGGUGGCUCGCUACUGUUUGGCUGGUACCCACCGAGAUCUUCCCAACAACGGCGCGAGCUCAGGCGGCUGCCGUAAGCGUGAUCAUCUGGGGCUUGGCAAAUUUUGCCAUCACGUUCCUGACGCCGAUCAUGUUCAACAAUCUUGAGUACUACAUAUAUCUGGUCUUCGCCGGCACGAACGCGCUGGCCGGAAUUUGGACGUACUUUUAUCUCCCUGAAAGUGGAAACAGAAGUUUCGAGGAGAAUGUGCAAUUCUUCAAAGAGGCACGCAAGGUAGGGAGUUGGUCUGUCAGCAAGGUUAAGGAUGGCGAUUGGAAGAACAUGCCAUACGGUGAUGUGCUCCUGGAUGGAAGUGCAGAAGCGAGGGAGCGAGCGCCUUUGUUGCAGAGAGUUGGCGACCAGAUUUCGUAG